CCGAGUUUCGCCGAGUCGGACUGGGCCAAGAAAAAAAGAAAGCAAGUAGACCCAUUACCCAUUUGAUUGACCUCUCCCGUUGCAGAAGAAAAUUUCAGUGAUGAACUGAACAGAUCGAAUUGGGCUCAUACAAAAUCCGUAAAUUAAAAAGGAGAUCUUUCAAGUUUGGGUUUUUUUUUUUUUUUUUUUUUUUUGGGAUACCGUUUUCAGACAAUGAAGGCGGCGGCGGUGGAUGGUCUGAAUCCGCCUCCUGUAGCGACGUUUGAUCACAAGAGGGAUUCGUACGGGUUUGCAGUAAGGCCUCAACAUUUACAACGAUACCGAGAAUACGCAAAUAUAUACAAGGAAGAAGAGGAGGAGAGAUCGAACCGGUGGAACGACUUUCUAGAAAGACAACGUGAAUUGAACGACAACGACUUACAAAAGUCAGACCUCGAAUCAACCAUUUCUACAGAAGAGAAUAAAGAACCGCAUGCAGUAGAAUCUAAAGUUGAAAUAUGGACAGAAAUCAGACCAUCUCUUCGUGUUGUAGAGGAUGCAAUGAGUUCCCGUGUGAAGAAAAAAGUCAACUCGGUCAAAAACAGUCAAGAUUCUUCUAGUGCGAAAAAGCAUCUUCCUCCGAUUGAAGAGGCUAAACCUGGAAAAGGAGCAUCUGAAGAGGAUUCCGAGGAAGAGUUUUACGAUUUGGAAAGAUCGGAAUCGGAUUUGGACAUUGCAUUAAUCGAUAAUAUUAUAAAUCGAGAAUCUUCACCACCUUGGAAGGAAGAAUUAGAGUGUCUUGUUCAAGGAGGGGUUCCUAUGCCACUAAGGGGAGAGAUGUGGCAAGCUUUUGUCGGUGUUAGAGCGCGUCGAGUGGAGAACUAUUAUCAGAAUUUGCUUUCUCCAGAUAGUGAGGUGCCCGAUAAAUUGAGAGCACAGAUUGAGAAGGAUUUACCUCGUACUUUUCCGGGUCAUCCUGCUUUGGACGAGGAUGGUAGAAAUGCUUUAAGACGUGUACUAACAGCUUAUGCUCGACAUAAUCCUUCUGUUGGCUAUUGUCAGGCCAUGAAUUUCUUCGCAGGCUUGUUGCUGCUUCUGAUGCCAGAGGAAAACGCAUUUUGGACUUUAAUGGGUAUUCUAGACGACUAUUUUGACGGCUAUUAUUCAGAAGAAAUGAUAGAAUCUCAGGUUGACCAACUCGUUCUCGAGGAGUUGGUUCGUGAAAAGUUUCCCAAAUUGGUAAAUCAUUUGGAUUACCUAGGAGUAGAGGUGGCAUGGGUAACCGGACCAUGGUUCCUCACUAUAUUUAUGAAUAUGCUUCCAUGGGAAAGCGUUCUUCGAGUGUGGGAUGUGCUUCUCUUCGAAGGCAACCGCGUAAUGCUAUUUCGAGCGGCACUCGCAUUAAUGGAGUUAUAUGGACCUGCAUUAGUUACAACAAAAGAUGCUGGAGAUGCAGUCACACUGCUUCAAUCUUUAGCGGGGUCCACUUUCGACAGCAGUCAACUCGUGUUGACUGCUUGCAUGGGAUACCAGACUGUUAUAGAAGCUCGAUUAAGAGAAUUAAGAGAUAAACACCGACCUUCUGUUAGGGCCGCAUUGGACGAAAGAUUCAAGGGAGAUAAAAUUUGCAAGAAAUCACCCGGUUUAGCUUCUAAGUUGUAUAGUUUUAAAAAGGUUCCAGGUUCGAUGGACGUAAGAAAUGACGUGGAUAAGAAGAUGAACGGUGACGUGGCGCAUUUGGACACGUCAUCUGUUGAUGCCGCUGAUGUGGAGAAAGAUUCUGCUAAAGAUCUUGAAGAGCAGGUGGUGUGGCUUAAGGUUGAGUUGUGCAAGCUGCUCGAGGAAAAAAGAUCUGCUGAGCUCAGAGCAGAAGAGCUUGAAACGGCACUGAUGGAGAUGGUUAAACAGGAUAAUCGGCGACAAUUGAGUGCAAGGGCUGAGCAGUUGGAGGAAGAGAUAACCGAGCUUCGGCAAGUUCUUGCUGAUAAGCAGGAACAAGAGGGUGCCAUGCUUCAGAUUUUGAUGAGGGUAGAACAAGAGCAGAAGGUGACUGAGGAUGCUCGUUUAUUUGCGGAGCAAGAUGCUGCUGCACAGAGAUAUGCUGCUCAAGUGCUCCAGGAGAAAUACGAAGAAGCAAGUGCUGCUUUGGCGGAGAUGGAAAAUAGGGCUGUAAUGGCAGAGUCCAUGCUGGAGGCUACUUUGCAGUACCAGUCGGGACAAAAUAAACCGCAGCCUUCUCCUCGAUCUGUGCAACAAAAUAAUCAAGAAUCUUCACAAGAUAUAAUACCGCCAAGAAAGAUCAGUUUGCUCUCGAGACCGUUUGGAUUAGGAUGGCGCGACAGAAACAAGGGGAAGCCCGUGAUUGUGGAGGAACAAACGAAUGGAAAAUCGUCAUCGAACGAAGGAGAAAAAUUAAGCCUGAAGCAGGAAGAGAGCAAUGGGCAUCAGGUGGAAGAGAAGGCAUAAAAAUCGAGUUUUUCGUCGUUCUUAUUUUUCAUACGAGAGAGAGAGUUAAUGUUUGUUUUCUUUAUUCAUUUAAAUUGUGAGUAAAGAAAUUAUAAGAAAGGUUUUAGUGAAAUUGUAGUAUUUUUCUUGUAAAAAAAGCAUCCUCUUUGUAACUGUGCAAUAUAAAUUCUUAUCCUAUGUAGAAAAAUUGCAGUUCAAUAUUUAUGAUAUUAUUUAUAAAUUGACGCAUUGAUUCGGAA